AUGAAACUGGUUUCUUGGCUAUUCAUUGGCUUGCAGCUACUUAUUCUGGCAACUGCACUUGAAGGUGCCAGAAGAUGCUUCGCGUCACCAGUGACGACAACAACAACAACUACAUGCCCAACAAAAUCAACAACCACCACCACAACUGAGCUACCAACAGAAGAGACAACCGAUGAUGAUGACGACGACGAUACCUCCGAUUCAUCCUCUGAGGAAUCAACACAUCCUGCAGAUACCACAAGCCCCUCCGAAGUGACCACCGAUAGGGGUGAUACAACAGCAACGUCUCCAAUACCAGACGAAACAACAACAACUGAAAAAGAAACAUCAAAGGAAACAACAACCACACCAGGAUCCUCCGGCGAAACCACCACUGAAGAAAUUCCCGAUGUGGAUGCCAAUGCAAUGUGCCUAAAUCAUCCGGGUGUACAUUAUCUACCCCAUCCAUACAAUUGCCACAAGUUCAUACAAUGCGAUGGUACACAAGGCUUUGUACAUACUUGUCCAAGCGAUCUGUAUUGGGAUUCGGUGACCCUGACAUGCGAUAAAGCUUGUGCAUAAAACUUCCUAUAUCACAUAAUAGUAAAUUGAAUUUGUGAAAGAGCAACGAUAUAAAUAAUAUCAAAAAGAAAAUGGGAUGAUAACUAACUCUAGUUAGUUAUUCACCUUGACUUAAACUUGA